GCCGGCUUCACCAGAGAGCAGCGCUUUUACUGUAAACACACUGCGUCCAUUUUCAUACCCCGUCCGGAAAAACACCAGACAUCAGCGUUAAACAUGGGGGCCGUACUAGGGCUGUGUUCAAUGGCUAGUUGGAUUCCCUGCCUUUGUGGCAGUGCUCCUUGCCUGCUGUGCAGAUGCUGUCCGAGUGGAAAUAACUCGACCGUCACCCGGCUGAUCUAUGCCUUCUUCAUGCUGUUGGGCGUGGGGGUCGCCUGUAUCAUGCUUAUGCCUGGCAUGGAGGGCCAUCUGAAGAAGAUUCCAGGCUUUUGUGAAGGAGGAAUUGGGUCGUCCAUCCCGGGGGUUGAAGGUCACGUUAACUGUGAUGUGUUGGUGGGCUAUAAGGCUGUGUACCGUGUGUGCUUUGGAAUGGCCAUGUUCUACUUGCUUUUCGCUCUCAUCAUGGUCAAGGUUAAGAGCAGCCACGACCCACGAGCCGCUGUGCAUAAUGGGUUUUGGUUUUUCAAGUUUGCAGCUGUCAUUGCUAUUACAGUUGGAGCUUUCUUCAUUCCUGAAGGCUCAUUUACUACUGUCUGGUUUUACGUCGGCAUGGCUGGAGCGUUCUGUUUCAUCCUCAUCCAGCUGGUGCUCCUGAUUGAUUUUGCUCACUCCUGGAAUGAGUCCUGGGUGGAGAAAAUGGAAGAGGGAAACUCUCGCUGCUGGUAUGCAGCUCUUCUGUCUGCCACAACCAUCAACUACGCCCUGUCCCUGAUGUCUCUGGUUCUCUUCUAUGUGUAUUACACUCACUCCGAUGGCUGCACCGAGAACAAAGUCUUCAUUAGCAUCAAUAUGCUGCUGUGUGUGGGGGCUUCUGUUUUGUCCGUCUUGCCUAACAUCCAGGAGUCCCAGCCCAGGUCUGGUCUCUUGCAGUCCUCGAUUGUGACUUUAUACACCAUGUAUCUGACUUGGUCUGCUAUGAGCAAUGAGCCUGACCGAAAAUGCAACCCCAGCUUGCUGGGCAUCAUUGGACUCAACAGCACCAGCCCCGCUGGUCAAGACCGUGUUGUUCAGUGGUGGGAUGCCCAAGGCGUUGUGGGAUUGAUUUUGUUCCUGAUGUGUGUGCUGUACUCCAGUAUCCGCAACUCCAGCAACACUCAGGUGAACAAGUUGACCCUCACCAGCGAUGAAUCUGCUUUGAUCGAGGACGGCCCCGCUCCUGACAGCUUUGAAGUAGGUGACGGCAGCAGCCGCGCUGUCGACAAUGAGAAGGAUGGAGUCACCUAUAGCUACUCUUUCUUCCACUUCAUGCUUUUCUUGGCCUCCUUGUACAUCAUGAUGACACUCACCAACUGGUACAGCCCCGAUGCCAACUAUCAGACCAUAACCAGCAAAUGGCCAUCUGUGUGGGUGAAGAUCUCCUCCAGCUGGAUCUGCAUCUCUCUUUACGUGUGGACCCUGGUGGCUCCGCUGGUCCUCACCAACCGCGACUUCGACUGAAAAGGCCGAUGAAAACCAAAAGCUUGUCGCAAAGCUCCCGCGUCAUCUUUGUGAAUAUUAAUCUCUAUAGGAUAGCAUUCCUAAAUGUAAAUACUACGAGUGCUUCUGCUUCAUUCCCUUAACUAACCUCAUGGGUUUUUUAUCUUGCAUGUUACGUAGGUGUUAAAAUAUAGGCCGAAAUGAAGAACGCAGCUUGAUUUUCUUGUGAUGUUAAUAUAUUCCCACUGUGUUCUCCAAAAAUCGUAGGUAUAAUCUUACAGUGAUUAAUAUGAUCUUUGUAUAGUUUCAACAAAUGUAUCUUAAGUUAUUCAUGUAGUGACAAUGCAGUUCAUAAGUCAUUCGACUCUGAUUCGUAUACAGUGUUGCAAUAGUAUGAAAAAUAUACAAGCAAUUUAUGAUUAUAGUUCGCUUUCUGAUAUGCACAAAAAAAAUUGACUGUAACAGUGCUAACUUUUUUGCAACUUGCAAAUGUUAGUUGUUAGUGUAUGGCUUUAUUUUUAAGCUUGUAGCCAAUGUGCAUUUAUGUUGAACUGUGUUUUGCACUGAAUCCCUCGAUUAUUUGUUUCUCUUCGUAUCCUUUUAGUCUUAUGCAUGAUCGUAUUUCUUGAAAAUGGUCCUGUACUGACUUUUUGUUUUAUUUCUUACAACUGACAAGUGCGUUGUUAUUAUCCAACAUCUUAUUAAAGGUUUAAAACCCUGA